AUGUCUACUACGACGCGCCCCGCCAUCCCACCAGUGGUCAUGGACAGCGUAACGCAGCAAAUCGGCAACACGCCCCUCAUCCGCCUGAAUAAGAUUCCUCAGUCUCUCGGUAUCCGCGCAACCGUCUAUGCAAAGGUUGAGGCUUUCAAUGCUGGUGGCAGUGUUAAAGACCGCAUCGCCCUCCGCAUGAUCGAAGCCGCUGAGAAGAGUGGACGCAUAAAGCCCGGCGACACCCUCAUUGAGCCCACGUCUGGAAACACAGGGAUUGGACUUGCACUGGUGGCUGCAGUGAAGGGGUACAAGACCAUCAUCACACUGCCUGAGAAGAUGAGCCCGGAGAAGGUGGCCGUGUUGAAGGCGCUCGGAGCUGAGAUCAUAAGGACGCCAACCAGUGCGGCGUGGGAUAGUCCCGAGAGUCACAUUGGUGUCGCGAGACGACUGGUCAAGGAGCUGCCGAACGCACAUAUUCUGGACCAGUACUCCAACCCCGAUAACCCGCUUGCCCACGAAUUCGGCACCGCGGAAGAAAUCUGGACCCAGACGAACGGCAAGGUGACGGUCCUUGUCGCGGGCGCUGGUACUGGCGGCACGAUUACUGGUCUCGCGAGGGGCCUGAGAAAACACAAGCAAGAUGUUAAGAUUAUUGCUGCGGAUCCUCACGGCAGUAUUCUUGCCGUGCCCGCAAGCUUGAACGACGAGCAUAUCAAUGAAGGAUACAAGGUGGAGGGCAUUGGAUAUGACUUCAUCCCUGAGGUGCUGGUACAGAAGGAGGUGGACAAGUGGUACAAGACAGACGAUCGGACUUCGUUCCUAUAUGCGAGGAGACUAAUCUCUGAGGAGGGUAUUCUGUGUGGUGGUUCUUCAGGCAGUGCCAUGUCUGCCAUGGUUGACGCUGCCAAGGAUCUAAAUCUGACUGAAGAUGACGUUGUGGUUGUGAUAUUACCAGACAGCAUUCGAAGCUACCUCAGCAAGUUCGCCGAUGACGACUGGCUCGCAGCAAACGAUCUCCUCCCACCCAACACCGAGAGCCCCCAGCAACCCAUCUCUCGGCGCCUCUCCACCAACACCAAGCAAUCUGAUGCCUUCCACGGAGCCACCAUCGCUUCUCUGCGCCUCAAACCUGUCACCACAGUUCCCUCCAACUCUCCCUGUAGCGAAGCUAUAGAGACAAUGCGCGAAAAGGGCUUCGACCAACUUCCCGUAUCCACAUACUCCGCAUCCGGCAAGGCCCGCCUCGUAGGCCUCGUCACCCUUGGCAACCUCCUUUCCUACAUCGCCCAAGGCCGAGCGACGCCCAAAUCCCCCGUCGAAGACGUCAUGUUUGACUUCCGCAAGCUCAACGAGGUGGUCAAAGAUCUGGGUAGACUCCAGCUCGAUGGCCAGAAAGCGGAGAAAAAGGCCGGAAGAAAUGAGUUUGUGGAGAUCACAAAGGAGACUAGCUUGACCGAUUUGAACAAGUUCUUUGAGUGGAAUAGUGCCGCGGUUGUCACGGAGCGUGUAGACGGGGAGCCGAGGGCUGUAGCUGUUGUUACGAAGGUUGAUCUGCUUACUUGGAUGGUUAGGCAGGGGAACUAG